AUGGAGCCUGCAGGGGAGCGCUUUCCCGAACAAAGGCAAGUCCUGAUUCUCCUUCUUUUACUGGAAGUGACUCUGGCAGGCUGGGAACCCCGUCGCUAUUCUGUGAUGGAGGAAACAGAGAGAGGUUCUUUUGUAGCCAACCUGGCCAAUGACCUAGGGCUGGGAGUGGGGGAGCUAGCCGAGCGGGGAGCCCGGGUAGUUUCUGAGGAUAACGAACAAGGCUUGCAGCUUGAUCUGCAGACCGGGCAGUUGAUAUUAAAUGAGAAGCUGGACCGGGAGAAGCUGUGUGGCCCUACUGAGCCCUGUAUAAUGCAUUUCCAAGUGUUACUGAAAAAACCUUUGGAAGUAAUUCGAGCUGAACUACUAGUGACAGACAUAAACGAUCAUUCUCCUGAAUUUCCUGAAAGAGAAAUCACCCUGAAAAUCCCAGAAACUAGCUCCCUUGGGACUGUGUUUCCUCUGAAAAAAGCUCGGGACUUGGACGUGGGCAGCAAUAAUGUUCAAAACUACAAUAUUUCUCCCAAUUCUCAUUUCCAUGUUUCCACUCGCACCCGAGGGGAUGGCAGGAAAUACCCAGAGCUGGUGCUGGACACAGAACUGGAUCGCGAGAAGCAGGCCGAGCUCAGAUUAACCUUGACAGCGGUGGACGGUGGCUCUCCACCCCGAUCUGGCACCGUCCAGAUCCUCAUCUUGGUCUUGGACGCCAAUGACAAUGCCCCGGAGUUUGCGCAGGCGCUCUACGAGGUGCAGGUCCCAGAGAACAGCCCAGUAGGCUCCCUAGUUGUCAAGGUCUCUGCUAGGGAUUUAGACACUGGGACAAAUGGAGAGAUAUCAUACUCCCUUUAUUACAGCUCUGAGGAGAUAAACAAACCUUUUGAGCUAAGCAGCCUUUCAGGAGAAAUUCGACUAAUUAAAAAACUAGAUUUUGAGACAAUGUCUUCGUAUGAUCUAGAUAUAGAGGCAUCUGAUGGCGGGGGACUUUCUGGAAAAUGCUCUGUCUCUGUUAAGGUGCUGGAUGUUAACGAUAACUUCCCGGAACUAAGUAUUUCAUCACUUACCAGCCCUAUUCCCGAGAAUUCUCCAGAGACAGAAGUGGCCCUGUUUAGGAUUAGAGACCGAGACUCUGGGGAAAAUGGAAAAAUGAUUUGCUCAAUUCAGGAUGAUGUUCCUUUUAAGCUAAAACCUUCUGUUGAGAAUUUCUACAGGCUGGUAACAGAAGGGGCGCUGGACAGAGAGACCAGAGCCGAGUACAACAUCACCAUCACCAUCACAGACUUGGGGACUCCAAGGCUGAAAACCCAGCACAACAUAACAGUGCUGGUCUCCGACGUCAAUGACAACGCCCCCGCCUUCACCCAAACCUCCUACACCCUGUUCGUCCGCGAGAACAACAGCCCCGCCCUGCACAUCGGCAGCGUCAGCGCCACAGACAGAGACUCAGGCACCAACGCCCAGGUCACCUACUCGCUGCUGCCGCCCCAGGACCCGCACCUGCCCCUCGCCUCCCUGGUCUCCAUUAACACAGACAACGGCCACCUGUUCGCCCUCAGGUCGCUGGACUACGAGGCCCUGCAGGCUUUCGAGUUCCACGUGGGCGCCACAGACCGCGGCUCCCCGGCGCUGAGCAGCGAGGCGCUGGUGCGAGUGCUGGUGCUGGACGCCAAUGACAACUCGCCCUUCGUGCUGUACCCGCUGCAGAACGGCUCCGCGCCCUGCACCGAGCUGGUGCCCCGGGCGGCCGAGCCGGGCUACCUGGUGACCAAGGUGGUGGCGGUGGACGGCGACUCGGGCCAGAACGCCUGGCUGUCGUACCAGCUGCUCAAGGCCACGGAGCCCGGGCUAUUCGGCGUGUGGGCGCACAAUGGCGAGGUGCGCACCGCCAGGCUGCUGAGCGAGCGCGACGUGGCCAAGCACAGGCUAGUGGUGCUGGUCAAGGACAAUGGCGAGCCUCCGCGCUCGGCCACCGCCACGCUGCAAGUGCUCCUGGUGGAUGGCUUCUCCCAGCCCUACCUGCCGCUCCCAGAGGCGGCCCCGGCCCAAGCCCAGGCCGACUCGCUUACCGUCUACCUGGUGGUGGCGUUGGCCUCGGUGUCGUCGCUCUUCCUCUUCUCGGUGCUCCUGUUCGUGGCAGUGCGGCUGUGCAGGAGGAGCAGGGCGGCCUCGGUGGGUCGCUACUCGGUGCCCGAGGGCCCCUUUCCAGGGCAUCGGGUGGACGUGAGCGGCACCGGGACUCUGUCCCAGAGCUACCAGUACGAGGUGUGUCUGACGGGAGGCUCUGAAAGUAAUGAUUUCAAGUUCUUGAAGCCUAUAUUCCCCAAUAUUGUAAGCCAGGACUCUAGGAGGAAAUCAGAAUUUCUAGAAUAAUGUAGGUAUCUGUAGCUUUCCUACCGUCUGUUAAUUUUGUCUUCCUCACUUUUCACCUUAGUUUUUUUUAACCCUUUAGUAAUCUUGAAUUCUACUUUUUAAAAAAUUUCUACUGUUGUCUUUAGUAAUGUUACUCAUUUCCUUGGUCUGAUUGUUAGAUAGUUUUCAAAUUAUUGUAUUAUUAUAAAUAUUUUAUAUCAGGAAAGUUCAUAUUUCUGAAUAAAUUAAUAGUAUUCAUUCCUGAAGGGUAAUAUGAAAGUUAACCCCACCUAAUAAACAUAACUCUAAUUCUGAAA